AUGGAGGUGUGUUCUGUGCUUCUCUGCAAGGGCUGCACCCCCUGGCGUGGGAUCCUGCUCACAGCCUCGCUUUUAUCGUGCUGGUACCUUUCUACCACUGCCCGAUUUGCCCUUGAAUCUGUCCCACCUGAAGUCAUCGAAGGAGAAAAUGCCUUUUUCCUUGUCCACAAUCUGCCAGAGAAUCUUGCAGCUGUAGUCUGGUCCAAAAGGGUGAAAAGUAUGAACCAUGGAAUUGUAACAUACGCACUGAACAAAGAUUUAAGUGUGCCGGGGCCUCUACACAGUGGCAGAGAGACAGUGUACCGCAAUGGAUCCCUGCUGCUCAGAAAUGUCACCAGGAAGGAUACAGGACUUUAUACCAUAGAGCUCUUAGACAGACUUGGAGAUAUUGUGUCAACAAUAACCGCUUAUCUUCGCGUGCACAUUUUCCUUUGGACUUGUGGGCACCAUGCCACCUCUGUCCAGCCCAGUAUUGAAUCAGUGCCACCCAGCGUCGCUGAAGGAGGAAGUGUUCUUCUCCUCGUUCACAAUCCACCACUGAAUAUUAUAGCCUUUGUCUGGUUCAAAUGGGUGAAUUCGUUCAGGAAGCUUGAGCUUGUCAAAUACCUAGUAGACAGGAAAGCAACUCUGUGGGGGUCUGCAUACACUGGCAGAGAGAUGCUGUACAGUGAUGGAUCCCUGCUGCUUCAUGGUGUCACUCACAAAGACCCUGGAGUGUACACUGUACGAUUUCUGAGAACAGACAUGAGAAAUGCAGAAGCAGAAGUACAACUCCAGGUAUACGCUUCCCUUUCUGUGUUCUGUAACCCUUUUACUUCUUCCCAACUCACGAUCCACCCGGAGCCUCUGUAUCCUGCUAAAGGGGAACGUGUAGUUCUCCAAGUCCAUAAUUUCCCAGAAGAUAUGCUAGCCUUUACCUGGUACAAAGCAAAUUAUAGAACCCCAUUCCUUAAAGUUGAAGACCAUAGCAUGGCCAGGACUUCCUUCUCCUGGGGAAAAGGGAUGGUGUACUAUAAUGGAACCCUGAUGCUCCGGGAUGUCACUGAGAAAGAUGCAGGAAUGUACACACUGGAAGUUUUAAGGAAGCAUUCCAAAAUUGAAAAAGCAUACGCGGAAUUCUACAUAAAGAAGAAUAUGACGCAACCCUUUGUGCAAAUCACUGACACCACAUUUGCAGGACAUAGAUCUGUCAUCUUCACGUGCAUCUCACCCGACACUGAUAUCUCUAUCCGCUGGAUCUUCAAUAACCAGAAUCUGCAGCUCACAGAGAGGAUGACUCUGUCACCAACUAAUUGUGGACUCAGAAUAGAUCCUGUGAGGGUCGAGGAUGCUGGAGAGUAUCAGUGUGAGGUCUCCAACCGAUUGGGUUUGAAGACCAGUCUCCCAGUCUCCUGGCCACGAUGA